AUGGUCAAAUCCAAUAAGUUCGACUAUACAGGUCGCACAUCCUCGGGCCCGAAACUGGGCAAAUCAAUCGCUUCCGACCUUGAGAAACGCGCAGACAAGAAGCAGCGCGAAGCCAACAAACAAUCAUCGUCAGCUCCUAGGCUCACGCUCCACAAGCUCGAUCUGAAAGUGCCCAGCAAAUCAUUGACCGAUGAGGGCUUCGCUCUUCUCGCCGAUGGCCUGCAAAACGCCCUCAACACAUGUCGAGACUUGGCUCUGGUUGACCUCAAUCUUACCAACAAUGAUCUUACUACCCGAUCUCUGGCUCGCCUGGCUCCUCUCAUCCAGGCAUCUUGCUACACCCUGCAGACUCUCGACCUGUCUCACAACAACUUUCAGGUCUCGACUGAUGCCCAGGCUGAAGAAUGGCAGCUAUUCCUUCAGUCCUUCCGCAACUGCAUGACGCUGCGAAGACUCGACCUCGGCGAUAAUCCCGAUCUCGGUUCCAGAGCCUUUGAGAUCCUUGCCAGAGUCUACUCACGCGAGCCUGCUGUGGACCCUGAGCCUGCCACCGGCAACCAGUCAUUCAUCACCUUGCCUGACAGCUGUUCGGUGCUCAGCCACAGCAGCCUUGACACCCACAUCAGGAAUGGAAACGACCCCGAUCUGCCCAAAUGUGCCAAUGGAAAGACGCUUGCCGAUCCAUGGAUGCUCAAGCAUCGCCGUGGCCUCCGAUCAAUCCCAUACUUGACCUUGACCAAUGUCGGCCUCGAUGACACGGGUGCCCUCUUCUUGUCUCACAUCUUGGAACAGCACUACUACCCCAUCCAACUGGUCACGGAAAACAAUGCAACCGAAGCCACAUCUUCUAUUCGCACCUACCGCCAAGAUGCCAAUACUAAGGGCAUUGACUGGGACAACAAUUCUGAAUUCUUGUCCAAAGACGGCCUUCAUUUACUUCAUUGUGCUGAGAAGCUCAGGAUGAGAAUGCUGCUGGGAGACACAGACAGUGUCACUAGCUCAUACAUGUCGUUUGAUGCAGACGCACCCAAUAUGUCCCCUAGACUGGCCUCCGGCGUAGGCCUACGUCGUUCGAGCCUCUUUUCUGUCCAGUCCGCUGACUACAGUAUGUUCGACAAAUCCGACAUCCAGAGUGCUCGCAAGAAGAUUCAGCGCAACACCAUAGGUCAUGCUGGUUGUGAGAGUGUCGACCUGUGGCGCGCAUCUCUGUCCGCAAUCAUCGUAUCUCGCAAGGUCUUUCUCCUGGCCCCUGUGUUCAAGACGUUCAAUGCUACCAACUCAAUCAUCAAGACAGGCGAACAAAAUGCCGAGUCCAUCCACAAGAAGAGCGACGAUGCUGUUCAAGCUGAUAACGACCACAGCGUCGACAUGCCUGUCGUUGACGGACUUCUCGAACAAUCUCUGAGCACGCUCUCGCUCCAUUCAGACUCGGUGGAUUUUGAAGACAACCAGACCAAGCGCUCCUACGCCUCCACUCUCAUGACAACCUCGCCUGUUGACUCCUUGAGCCCUGAGUUUGCCACGGCAGAUGAUGAUGCGACUGCGCAGUCUAGUACCAAGAUUCUUCGUACCAGCGCCUCGUCCCGUGGUCGGUCUGAAGGGUCGGAGAAGAGUGUUUCAGACAGUGGCCACGAAAAGGCCGGAAGACAUGUCAAACCCGGUACCAGCUCUGAAGAGUACGUGCGCUUCCAGAAGAACAGAAUGGAAAAGGUGAAGGCAUACCACAGAGGUGAAAGUGAUGGCUACAGGGAUGUCAGCCUUCGUUGCCACCUUCCUCUCCCUAUCUGCCUUGAGAUCCUUAGACUCAGCAUGAGUCCUGUCGACGUUUGUCACCUUGGUGUGGAUAAGCAACGAAAGGCAUUCACAUGGGGUCAGAAGAGAGAGACUCUGAAGAGCGGAUACGACUGGAGAAUGAAGGAUGAGAGCUCUCAACUUCUCAUGCUCCUUUCUGGUGCUGAGUGUGUCGAGUAUUAG